AGUGUGAAGUGGCACCGAACCAUAACAUGCAUGAUUGUCAUCUAAUAAAACGUAUUAAUUGACGUUAUUACCCCUCAUAGCGUCCUAGCCGUUACAUACGCCGAGAACUCCCAUUGAUCCAAUUGACUCAUCCGUCAUUUUAAAACCAAGUAAUGGCAUUUCAGUAACUCCACACAUUCGUUCUCCUCCUUCUUCCUUGUAGUUAUUCCUCACUCCACUGCAAACAAAAAAAGCAACAGUCAUUUCUCUAAAUUCCAAUUCCAAACUCACACACACCGAACUCGACUAACGGAACUAUCUCUCUCUCUCUCUCUCUCUAGGGUUAGGGUUUAGUUUCUUGAUGGCUUCGUCUUCCUCCGAUCCCGGCAAGUCCGCGGAGACUUCAGAAGCCCUGGCGGCUGCGAACGAUCAACUUUUGCUGUACAGAGGAUUGAAGAAAGCGAAGAAAGAGAGAGGUUGUACUGCCAAAGAACGAAUCAGCAAAAUGCCUCCAUGUGCUGCUGGUAAACGCAGCUCCAUCUACCGCGGUGUCACCAGGCAUAGAUGGACUGGUCGUUAUGAAGCACAUCUUUGGGAUAAAAGUACAUGGAACCAAAAUCAGAAUAAGAAAGGAAAGCAAGUUUACUUGGGGGCAUAUGAUGAUGAGGAAGCAGCGGCUAGAGCGUAUGACCUUGCUGCUCUGAAAUAUUGGGGUCCUGGGACUCUCAUUAACUUCCCAGUGACUGAUUAUACAAGAGAUCUUGAAGAAAUGCAGAACGUUUCGAGAGAAGAAUACCUCGCGUCUUUGCGACGGAAGAGCAGUGGUUUUUCAAGAGGACUGUCAAAAUAUCGCGGACUAUCCAGUCGAUGGGAGCCAUCAUAUGGCCGAAUGGCUGGAUCUGAUUACUUCAGUAGUAUACAUUAUGGGGAUGAUUCAGCUGCGGAAAGUGAGUAUGUUAGUGGUUUCUGCAUAGAAAGAAAGAUUGAUUUAACAAAUCACAUCAAAUGGUGGGGAUCUAAUAAAAAUCGACAAUCUGAUGCUGGAACAAGAUUAUCAGAAGAAAAGAAACAUGGUUUUGCUGGAGAUAUCUACAGUGAACUUAAAACAUUGGAACAGAAAGUCCAACCAACAGAACCAUAUAAGAUGCCUGAGUUAGGACGGCUCCACAAUGAUAAAAAACAUAAAAGUUCUUCAAUGUCAGCCUUAAGUAUAUUGUCACAUUCUGCUGCUUACAAGAGCUUGCAAGAGAAAGUGACAAAGAAACCAGAAAAUAGCGCUGGUAAUGAUGAAAAUGAAAACAAAAAUACAGUCAAUGAGUUGGAUCAUGGGAAGGCAGUUGAGAAAUCAUCAAAUCAUGAAGGUGGCAAUGAUAGACUUGACAUUGCAAUGGGAAUGAGUGGGGCGUUGUCUCUUCAAAGAAAUGUUUACCCAUUGACACCAUUCUUGUCUGCACCACUGUUGACAGCAUACAACACUGUUGAUCCAUUGGUAGAUCCUGUUCUCUGGACAUCUCUCGUUCCUAUGCUUCCUGCCGGCCUUUCUCGUACAGCUGAGGUUACAAAGACUGAGACCGAUUCAACAUAUACCAUGUUUCAGCCAGAGGAGUGAUUGGACAUCUGAAUUUCUAAUUAUACAUAGCCAAGCGCCUGAAAGCUGAGCUUGUACCAAACAAACAACCGUAUAAAGGUCUAAACACUGAAGAGCUCAAGCAGAUGUUAAAUAAUGCCCCCAUGGCUUUUUUAAUAUCACAUUCACAUGGGUUGCAGAGGUGGAAGAAAAGCAAGUACCGCAGUUUUAUAUUUGUGAGAUAGAUACGUAGGAUGAUAGUACAAAUAUUUCCUUUUCAAGCCAGAUAUGUAUCAGUUGAUAUCUCUAUCAUGUAUAUGCAGUCAGCAUUAGACAAAUUUUGAUAUUAAGCGGAAUAUGCUGUACAGAAUAAGAGGUGGAAUGAAAUUAUGCAAGAACAUGGUCAUCAAUUGACUUGCAUAGAUAGAAAUUUUUUUUCUUUCUUUUUUUAAAGAGCUAAUACAGUAGUAUAUUUCAUCAA